AUUUGUGAUCAUAAAGACAAAUUAAAGCCAUGAAUAGCGUGGAAAAUGAAAGGUCCUGUUUGGGUAAUGCACCCAAUAUCUGUGGUGGCGAGUUGGAGGGCUGGGUUCGUCAUCACGUUUCCAGCGAUGACACUAUGACCCGGCUGGCCUUGAGGUACGACACCAGCAUUGGCCAAAUAUGCCGUGCCAAUCGCAUGCACUGGCAGGACGUCCUCCAGACCCGUCACUUCAUUUGGGUGCCGGCCCCCAAGAGACUCACCGCUCUCGAGGAGCAGCUAUUGCAGAACAAGCUCCCGCCACCUCCCACCAAGAUUUGGAGAAAGCCCGCCAGGGAAUUGUUCGAGAUCUUGCCAAGAAAUGGCAACGCUAAUCGUCGCAACCCAUACCCAGAUGCCUUUAUGGCCCACCAUCUGACAGUCAUGGGCAAAGGGAAGCUCUUGCCGCCGCACUUCUAUCGCCAGAGUAGCCCCAAUCCGGACGUGCUGGCCAAGGAUGGGGAUCCCCUGCUGAUCACCACCAAAAUAAUAUGGAGGGACCUGCUGAAGCGAUUCUUUCCGAACUAAAGCCACUACCUCGCAGCGUGACUGUUUUUUGGAGCGAAAUUUCAUUAGCCAACGGCAGCCGACAUAGAGGCAUCCGCCAGCCUUGAGUAACAAAAGAUUUUGUGUACAGAGAACCAAAUAUAAGGGUUUUCUUUUUUAAAAUUCGAAAAAAUA